CACGAUCUCGUUUUGGUGGGCGUGGUCUUAAUUUUGGCAUGUCAAGGUACUGCAGAGUAGACAGAGCAGCCAAGCAAAGUCGCGAUACUUUUGAAAGGGCGAUACCAUACUGCUACAGUGUAACGUUAACGUUUCGAGCUACUAACACCGCCUCACAAAGUAUUUUCUAGUUUUGAGUCCUGUAACGCGUCCAAACACUUUUAACGCUUGUUACCACACAGACAUGGCUGCCCAGUGUGUAACCAAGGUGGAGCUGACCGUGUCCUGUGAGAAUCUUCUGGACAAAGACAUCGGCUCAAAGUCCGACCCGCUGUGUGUCCUGUUAAUGAGCAGCUCUGAUUCCCAGUGGUAUGAGGUGGGGCGCACGGAGAAAGUCCAGAAUUGCCUCUGCCCAAAGUUUGCAACAAAGUUUGUUGUCGACUACUUCUUUGAAAUAGUGCAGAAACUGAAGUUUGGGAUUUAUGACAUCGACAACAAAACUAUUGACCUGAGUGACGAUGACUUCCUGGGGCAACUGGAGUGCACCUUGGGCCAGGUUGUGUCCAGUAAAAAACUGACCCGGCCACUUGUCUUGAAGAACAAUUCCCCUGCAGGAAAAGGGACCAUCACAAUUAGUGCAGAAGAAAUAAAAGAUAACCGAGUGGCAAAUUUUGAAGUUGAAGCAAGGAAACUAGAUAACAAGGAUUUCUUUGGGAAGUCCGACCCUUACCUGGAAUUCUACAAGCAGACAGCGACUGGAUGGCAGCUGGCUCACAGGACCGAGGUGGUGAACAACAACUUGAAUCCAACAUGGAAACCCUUUCGAAUUCCCCUGCAGUCUCUCUGUGGAGGAGACAUGGACACACCUAUAAAAGUUGAGUGUUAUGAUUAUGACAACGAUGGCUCACAUGAUCUUAUUGGAUCCUUUGAGACAACAAUGACACGCUUCAAACAAGCAUCACGAACCUCUCCGGCAGAGUUUGAAUGUAUCAACAGUAAAAAGAAACAGAAGAAGAAAGGCUACAAGAACUCUGGUGUUGUGAGCGUGAAGCUCUGCGAGGUGGUGAAGGAGUAUACCUUCCUGGAUUAUAUUAUGGGAGGCUGUCAAAUCAACUUCACUGUGGCUAUUGACUUCACAGGCUCCAACGGGGAUCCCAAGUCUCCUCAGUCUCUGCAUUACAUUAGUCCUCAGGGCGUUAACGAAUACCUUUCUGCUAUCUGGUCUGUUGGCAAUGUCAUCCAGGACUAUGACAGUGACAAGAUGUUUCCUGCCUUUGGCUUUGGAGCCCAAAUCCCUCCCACGUGGCAGGUUUCCCAUGAGUUUCCCCUGAAUUUCAACCCAGCAAAUCCAUUUUGUACAGGCAUUCAAGGUGUGGUGGAGGCCUACAGAGUGUGUCUGCCCCAGGUCAAACUCUACGGUCCUACCAACUUCUCCCCUAUCAUCAACCACGUAGCUUGCUUUGCUAAGCAAGCAAUCCAGCAGACCACUGCAUCGCAAUACUUCGUUCUGCUGAUCAUCACUGACGGAGUGAUCACCGACAUGGAUGAUACACGCAGUGCCAUCGUCAACGCCUCUCGUCUCCCCAUGUCCAUCAUCAUUGUUGGAGUAGGGGGGGCGGACUUCAGUGCCAUGGAGUUCCUGGAUGGAGACAGUGGACGUCUGCGCUCUCAGACUGGCGAGACUGCCAUGCGAGACAUUGUCCAGUUUGUGCCAUUCAGGCAGUUCCAAAAUGGUCCUCAAGAAGCACUGGCAAAGAGUGUGUUGGCAGAAGUACCAGGUCAGCUGGUGGACUUUUACACUACAAUGAAGCUGAGUCCACCCACAUCCAUUCCCGCAGCAAACUCUGCACCAAACCCUGUACCAAACCCUGCGGGGACCAUCUGAUACUACAAGGAGGAAACCAGACAUACAGUAGACCUAAUUUCAUCUCCUGCAUAUAUAAAGCAGAUCCCAGCAUAAUCUCAUCACUCAAUUAGACAAAUGUCCUUCCUACCAGCAUGCAGCUUAGUCAAAGAUAGCCACCCAAACCACACACAAUACAGCAAAAGUAAGCACUCCACACUAUGCCAACAAUAUUAAUAUUGAUGUGUGCUCAUUUUAGCUUUUAUUUAGUGCUACUGCAACCUGAAAAUAAACAAAGUAAUCAUUCCAUCCAUCAUUUUUGAUAGAUAAAUUUGAUAGGCAGGGAAUUGCACUUUUAAUAAUAGUUUUUUUUUUUUUUUUUUAAGUAUUCGAGAUAAACAAGGAAGCAUUCGUUGUUUCUGUAGUACUAACUGAAACAAGAUACAGUAAAUCAAAAUAAUUGUCAUUGCAGUAACACUGCACUGCUUCUGCUAGUUUUUUCUUUUAAUGCAUCAUAGGAGUGUGCAGUUUAUUUUUAUGCCAACAUGAAGUUACAAUAGUUAUGUAAAAGACUUUUACACAAGAUAACAAAGAUGAUCUUUUAAUCAUGGCACCAAUAAACGGUGAGGUGACUCAUAUUGUUACUUAGUUUAUGAAAAUUGGUUUCGGCUGCGCUUACUAACAUAAUGUCAUUGUGCUAACCGGGCAUUGUUAGCCUUUACAACAGAGCCGCUUCACUACACUUCUUAUAUAGUGUUUCAUUACAGAGUUCUCUGUUGAUAUGUGUUUGUCACUGUGUGCUCGCGGUGGGAAAUGAAUGUAAACCGAGCGGUGUGCCAGAAAUGUAAUGCGCCAUGACGUAGCUCCCCUUCAAGGCCAGGCUAAUGUUGGCGGUCCCUCUAGUGGACAGAACGUGUAACAACAACCACAUGCUUAUAGCGGCAUUGACAAUGCAUAAGCCUGAGUAGCGUAGUACAUAUUUAUAACAGGCUGCGUUUGAGCAUAAAUAUUCAACUAUUAUUUGAAUAUCAAAAAAAUUAUAUUUGAAUAGUAUUACAGAAGAAGACAGACAGCUCUACCCCAUAUAUGAGGUUUACAUCCUCAGUGAAAGCAUAAUGGAGGAAGCAUAAUUAUGUACAUGUAGCCAAGUAGCGUUGUUGCUGUUUUGGCACAGAUAAUUUAUUUGCAUUAAUGUUUGACGCACAUGCUUUCCUAUGCACUUACCUAUAGUAAUGUUUUACUCAAUGAAAUACUAAAUUCUGUGUGUGGGUAAUAAAUCCAGUAAACUCAGAGCUAUUUAUACCUUAAGUAUAAAUCCGUAAUCUUGAAAUAACUAGAAAGUCUCAUUGUAGUAGUGUCAGAUGUGCUUGUUUUGUGCCAGUCUUAUCACUUGUGUAUGUUUUACUGUGGUCUACCAUUGUGCCAGUUACUUUUGGUUAUUUUCCCUUCAAAGACACCGUUGGGUAGUUCCCUGGACAAGGACUAACACGUUUCUAUUCCAAUGAUAUGGCUGUUGACUUAAUCUCUGUUUAUAUAUAUAUAUAUAUAUAUAUGCACACGAGUAUUAAACAUGCUUUCACCAUAGAAACUAUACAGUACUGCUUAUUGAAAUCUAUGCAUGUUUAGUGCAAGUGUUUAUUAUUUUUUUAAUUGUUUUUAUAUGGUUGUACAAGACAAGCUGUAAAAAAUUAUGUCUCAUAUAUCCGCUUUAGUGCUCAGAUAGAAAUGGGCAAUGUGCCUUAUCAACAUAAGCUUGCUAAUAAAACAUCUUAAUAAAUACAAAUUGAACUUGACCUUAAUUUAACACCUUUUUAAAAAAAAAAAGAAAAUGUCUACUGCCCUUUGUAUAUUAUAUCUACCAACAGUGUGUACCUAACAGAAAUGACCAAAAGUUAACUUUACUUGUGGUCAUUGGGAUAACUGCAGCAUAUGAAUUUACAAAAGAUACAAUGUGAUUGUUUUUUUAUUUUUUAUUUGUUUGAUAAUGUGAAGUUGUAGAAAGCUGCAGUGGCCUAAUGGGUACAACUUUAGAGGUCCCAUAGUGCUCCCAUGCUCAUUUUCAGGUUCUAACUUGUAUUUUGGUUUUUAUUUAGAUAUAAAUGUAACUCAUUGUGUUAAAAGGGCUUUUGUGUUGAAAAAACAUUGAAAUCUCACUUGAACCAUAUGAGACCUUUAAUAAACUCUGAGCCUAAUCCUGAACUCUGAGUUGAUAUACUCAACUAAUGUGCAGUGAAGUGAGGUAACAAAACAUUUGUAGGUAAAAGAAAGGUUCUCUUGGAAAAAAAAAAAUGCAAGUAUUCACAAGUUCAUCUGUAGAUCUAAACAGUAUUACGUUUUUGAACUUAAGGUAACACUUUGUGCAAACUUCUUAACCUAAAUUGGCACACAUUGUCCCUUAAAUAUAUUCAAAAAAUACUUUGCAGCUGGUUGCCUUACUCAACUAUUUCCUACAGUGAUGCCCCUGUAAUAUUAAGCCUGCAACAUUGUAACUGAAGAGUGCGCCAGCUAUUGAGCCUUUUGGCAAGAGCAGACCAGAUUUUACUGCGCCUGUGUUGUACCCCAAUGAUAUGACGUGUGCAAUCUCCUCUAAUUACCCUUAUCCUUCUUGACUAUGGGGCCCAUAAACUUUCGCCCGCUACUUCCAGUUUAGCAUUCUGCUAACUUAAAUGGGGGAUAAAAUGAUUUAAUCAUACGGGUCUUCCUGACUUUCCAAAUCAGAGCCAUCCAAUGCAAAAUACAGCCGUCUACUGCCAGGGUGGCUUGAAGCUCAGAGGUAGAGUGGUCGCCCCUCACCCACAAUAUUGGCGGUUUGAUCCCAGGCUCCUCCGUCCACAUGUCAAAGUGUGGCUGAGCAAGACACUGAACCCCAAGUUGCUCCCCAGAUGCUGUAUGUAUAGCUGUCCUCUGCAUCCUAAUACUUAAGAUGGGUUAAAUGCAGUGAUUCAAUUUCACUACAUUGUACUGUGUGUAUGUGACGAAUAAAGUUUCUUUAAGUUUC